AUGUGGUUGGUAGGAUGUUUUGCAACUUAGUUAUUUCUAGGAUAUCCUUUAUUCUAAAAAACAUCAUCAUUUGAUCAACUAUCAAAAAUUUUUGAAAUGAUUUCAAUAUAAUUUAUAAUUUAUCAGUAAAAUUAGUACCAACUUUUCAUUCAUCUAAAAUAGUCCAAAUGUUAGAAUUAUUUUAUUAAUUAGAAUUAAAAAUUGGAACUUAAAACUUUGAAAAUGUAUGAGGAUAAAUUUAAUAUUAAUCUACUUGAUUCAGAAUUUUUAAUAUAAAUAAUUUUUAGUAGUUGUAUUUGGAAUCCAAUAAAUCAAGUUUAAAAACAAUCCAAGGUUCAAAUGGGUAAGAAACCUAUAAUUAGAGAUGGGCACUAUGGAAUACUUCGUAGAUUUACUAAAGAAAUUACUAGAAUUUCAUUCAGCUUUAUGUUCACUGCUAGCCAAUGUUUGUAACAUCCAUUUUUAAGUGAUUUUUAAUUUAAUAUUAAUGAAAUUAUAAAAUAGGACCUCUAAUAAUAAUGA